GUCGUGCGUGCUCUGCGUGCUCUGCGUGUCCACCUCGAGACCGGGAACAGGCUUCGCGCGUUCACUUGUAGGCAAACUGCUAACUUCGAACUUCUAGCUACACGUCACAGUCCUCAAGCGUUGCUGUCAUGCCUGCGAAAAAGUCUGCCACCAAGAGGAAGUCUGAGCCUAUUGUUGAAGAUGAUAAAACGCCCAAGAAAAUUAAAGUUUCCCACAGGAGUCAUGGCAAGGACCCAGGACAGGUUCUUGUUCUUGGCCAGGGGGAUGUUGGACAGUUGGGCCUAGGCGAGACCACCAUUGAGAGGAAAAAGCCAGCCCUGGUGUCCCUGCCAGAGAAAAUGUUACAAGUAGUUGCGGGAGGCAUGCACACUGUCUGCGUCAGCGAGACUGGCCAUGUUUACACUUUUGGCUGUAAUGACGAAGGUGCCCUUGGUCGGGAGACAACAGAGGAGGGGUCUGAGAUGGUUCCAGGAAAGGUGACAUUGUCGGCGAAGGUGGUCCAGGUGUCGGCAGGGGACAGCCACACGGCUGCACUCACAGACGAUGGAACAGUGUACAUCUGGGGCUCCUACAGGGAUAACAAUGGUGUUAUUGGUCUUCUGGAGCCCAUGAAAACCUGCACCAGUCCAGUCAAAGUCCCCAUGACGGAACCUGUUGUGAAAAUUGCAUCAGGUAACGACCACCUUGUACUGGUCACACUGAAGGGAAAUCUGUACACAUCCGGUACUGCAGAGCAGGGCCAGCUGGGAAGAGUGCCUGAGUUUUUUUCAGACCGAGGAGGCAGGAAAGGCCUCGGCCGGUUGCUGGUUCCACAGAUAGUGAAGGUCAAAGGGAAAGUUCACUUCAUAGAUGUCUUCUGUGGGGCGUACGCCACCUUUGCUGUGUCAAAAGAGGGGCCCGUUUAUGGAUUUGGUCUCUCCAACUAUCACCAGCUAGGCAAUAAAAGCACAGAGAACUGUUUUGUGCCAGUAAAACUGGCAUGUUUCAGAAACUCCACCACCCAAUGGGUGGAUUUCUCUGGAGGACAACAUCACACACUCUGCCUUGAUGCUGAGGGACAUGUUUAUAGCCUGGGCAGAGAACAAUAUGGUCGUCUUGGUCUGGGCCAAGGAACAGAAGAAAAGCAUGAGCCUACUCCAGUGGCUGGCAUGGAGCCAGCCAGUGGGUUAACAUGUGGGGCGUCUGUCAGCUUCGCCGUCACCAGAGACGGCUCGGUGUAUGCCUGGGGCAUGGGCACCAACCUGCAGCUCGGCACCGGAGAGGAGGAAGACGAGUGGAGCCCUGUGAAGAUGACCGGCAAGCAGCUGGAGAACCGCGUAGUACUGAUGGCCUCCAGUGGAGGUCAGCACACAGUCCUUUUGGUCAAAGACAAGCAGGAGAGCUGAUGUCCAUCAGAGACGCUUUGAUUAUUUCGAGGUGGGGCUUUUUUCAUGAUGCCUAAAUCUGGGGAGGGGGUUGAUGUGACUUUCUGCGCUGCGCUGAGGGAGUAUGAGCGGUUCGAGUCCUUUUAUGAACUCUUCCUAGUCAGAGGAAACAUGUUCAUCGAUGUUCAACAGAUUCAUGACAAAUGAGAGACCUUUUUAAAAUCUCAUAUUUGAUCACUUUGAAGUGUUUUCAUUAAAAGUCAUUUGUGUGACUGAGGUGGUAUAUGUGAUGUUUGUGAAUGUGACUGCAUGUACGUCAAGGAAAUGAGAGUGCUAGCCUUUUAAUGUCUUCCCCAAACAAGUCUUUUAAAUGUUAUUUUUCUUAGCAAUAAUGGUUCAGGCAGGACAUUUAUACUCAAUGAGUUGAAUGUGUGAGGCUACUGUUCAGUCUUCCUAGGACACGCAAUUGUUGUGACUAUUAGAAAUGUUGGUAAUGCAUCAUAAUGUUUCCUGCAUUUUGUUGCUUUUCCUGUCUGAAAAUAAAGAUACAAUUUUAA